AUGGCUGGGCGCAAUGUACGCGUCUUCACGGUGGCGAAUGAAUGUCGCUUCGUAGUGGUGCGCAACGUGCCAGCGCUCGGAGUGAUCGACGAUCUACUGAAGCGACUCAGUUUGUACGGAAAGAUCUGUGAGUAUCGACUGCUAGACCACGCAGACGAUCGGGAGACGGCGCUGCAGUUCGAGGAGCCCUCCAACGACGACAGUGAGUUUACAGAUACGGUCUGGGUACAGUACCAGACUGUAAACAAUGCGCGUCAUGCCAAGGCGCGAGGAGUGCAGAAACCAUUUUUCGGCAAUAAAUUACAGAUAUCUUACGCGCCACAGUUUGAAUCUCGAGAAGAUACAGCUGAUAAAUUAGCGCAAAGACGGCAAUUGCUGCAGCGUCGUGCUCGACCGACUAUUUAUCGUGCAGAGAGGAAAAGAUCCGUGCCAUGGAAUCCACCACUGCCGCCUCCACUUCCUCCUACAGACGAGAAAUCUAAAUUCAUUGGACCGCAAUUGCCAUCGAGGGCUUCGCAGGUUGUGCCGGGACCUCUUCAGACACCACACAGGCCACAAGUGGCUACACCGCUGCAAAACACAAAGCGCCAACGUAUAUAA